GCAACUAAACGAACUAACUAUUACAGAAAACCUAACUGUUAGGUCAAAGAAUAAAAUAGGUUUAAUUCCUACUUUUACUUCUCUUCCUAUAAUACACUUUUAAAGUCCUAUUUGUAUCUUGUUGUCUAUCAGAAGCACCCAAAAUUAACUCAUCUUGCUGACAUACAUUUUUAUUUAAAAUCUUUAUUGAGAUAAUCUGUACACAUUCCAAUUAUAUUCAGCUUUUCAAAAUCAAGUCUACUCAAUUUUACCACAAACAAGCUCAUAGUUCUUUUGCCACCCAAAAAAGGGAGCAUACUAUCUGUUAUAAUUGCAAAAAUAGGACACAGGAUCUGGAGCAUGAAAUUCUGAAAUUGAACUUUUUUCUGAGUUGUUUUAAGAUUCAUGAACUCGGAUAAACUGAAGUGACUGCAUAUACCUUGAGCUCGGACUUAUCUAUUGAUGAAUGACAUAAUUCUUAAACAUACCCAAUCUCCUUUGCUUUAGCAUUUGUGAGAACUAUUGACAACCUGCUAUUCAUUAUAUGUUUAUUAUGACUUGUCCCUUUUAUCCUUGGAGGUGGAUUUUUGUGUCUGACGUUAUGUUGCAUGUUUACUGAUGGAAGUGAUACGAAGGGCACCGCAUGAAUUCAAGAUUGCUUGUUUAGAGGAUAUCAAAAAGCUUUUCCCUUCUGACUAUAACCCAUUCUACGCCGGAUUUGGAAAUAGAGAUACAGAUGAGCUGAGUUACAGAAAGAUUGGCAUCCCGAAGGGCAAAAUAUUUAUUAUUAACCCCAAGGGUGAGGUAGCUAUUAGUCACCGAAUUGGUGCAAAGUCAUAUACAUCAUUACACACUCUUGUGAAUGACAUGUUUCCACCAACUUCUUUGGUCGAGCAGGAGGACUACAACUCAUGGAACUAUUGGAAAACCCCAUUGCCAGAUUUAGAUUAGUUCAUUGCCUAAGAUAUUCAGUUCCUUUUGAUAAGGAUCCAUUGGAAUGGAAGUUGAAACAUCCUAGAUGUCAAGCGAAAACCAGAAAUUCCUCCUACGCAAGACCAUAAUUGAUCGGCGAAUAUCCUUCUAUACUUGUUUCAUGUCCUUGCUGUUCAUUUUGAUCUGCAUUAAAUCCUGAUUCAUUAUAAUCCUCCAAUCAACAGGAAUUGUACAACAUUUGGUUCAGUUGUUAUGCUGUACUACACCUAGUUUACUUUUCAAUUUUCAUUGGGGGUCAUCAGGGAAUAAUGUCAUAGAUGCUUACCAAAGAAGCUUCUCUGGCUCAAAUUGUGGGUUGGGUGGAUGAGGUGUAUAAACACUAAGUAUUUCAUGCCAUGAUAUGGAGCUUUAAGUCUCAAUUAUUAGCCUGAUAUUAAUGUUUAUCUUUAGCUAAGUGCUGAGUUUGGAUUUUCAUGCCAUGAUAUGAAGCUUCAAGUCUUAACCUGGUAUUGAUGUUUAUCAUG